GGAGCCCAGUUCUUCCGGUGUGACCUUCCGAGGCCUAGAGAGAGAGAGAGAGAGACUGAGAGAACGAGCGGAGGGAUGAUAGACCCUCAGAAACGGAAGGCCCCCGCAGACAUGGCCUUAGUGGCCACCGCCGCCGGGGCCAAGAAGCCCCGCCACGAGGUCCUCUUGGGGCCCGGGCCUGGCGCUGGCCCGCCGCCGCCUCCUCCUCCGGGCGCCUUGCUGCAAGCGGGCCCUCCAAGAUGUUCUUCCCUCCAGGCACCAAUAAUGCUGCUUUCAGGGCAUGAAGGAGAAGUCUACUGUUGCAAGUUUCAUCCUAAUGGAGCUACAUUAGCAUCAGCUGGAUUUGACAGGUUGAUAUUAUUAUGGAAUGUAUAUGGUGACUGUGAUAAUUAUGCCACACUGAAAGGGCAUAGUGGAGCAGUUAUGGAGCUACAUUACAAUACUGAUGGCAGGUUG